CAACCCUAAACAGGAUCUCUUCUCCCUUCUCACUUCUCCUCCUCUCGUCGCUAAUUACACCGCUUCUAACCUGAUCCUUUGAUUCGAUAACAAACGGGAUCGAGAAAUCGAAGUCGUGGAAACCUAGAUCAAUCCUCCCAGUUGAGCUGCCUUGAGGACUUCGAUAAAAACAGGAUCGAGAAAUCGAAGUCGUGGAAACUAAGAUCAAUCCUCCCGGUUGAGCUGAUUUAAGGAUUUUCAGAUCAGGAUCCGAUCGCGUCUGAGGAGAACUCUUCUGAAAAAGGAGUGGAGAGGAACUGUUCUGGCAGAGAAGGGACGGUGGAAUAAGUGAUCAUGGCGGACUUGGAGAAUUUGCUCCUUGAAGCUGCUGGGAGGACCAAUACCGGGGGGAGAAAUCGGCACUCACUUCCACCAACUAGGAGGAGACGAGAAGGUUCAUAUUCGGAUGCUGGAAGUGACUCUAGGGAUGAUGAUUCAGAUAAUGAUCAUGGAUAUGCUAGCAGGAAACCAUCUGGAUCACAAGUUCCUUUGAAGAAGAGGAUGGAAGCCACCGAUAGAGAUGAUGAUCAUGGUAGUCAGGGAGAGGGGGAUUAUGAUGGUGGUCGUUCUGAUCGUGAAGGUGACAGCAGUGAUGAAUCUGAUAUUGGUGAUGAUCUUUACAAGAAUGAGGAUGACAGGCGAAAGCUUGCACAAAUGAGUGAACUUGAAAGAGAAAUGAUCCUGUCAGAGCGAGCAGAUAAGAGAGGUGACAAGAAAUUUACUGAGAAAAUCAGAUCAAAAAGGGACAAUGAGAAGAACAGCCGCUCCAGAAAAGAGACUCCACCUCUUCAGUCAUCCCGUGGUGUGCGAUCAUCAGCCAGAUCUGCAGACAGGGCAGCUGCGAAGGAUGAUGCUUUAAAUGAGUUGAGAGCUAAACGGUUGAAGCAGCAGGAUCCAGAGGCACAUCGUAAGCUGAGGGAUGCACCCAGAGGAAGUUCAGGCGGUAAGGGAUUUUCACCAAUAAAGAAGGUGAAACCCUUCACAUCGACAAGUCUAAGUAGCUCUAGUCAGAGUGAGAGUGAGAGUAGGUCUAACAGUGAAGAUGAAGGUUCAUCAGAGGAUGAUGGAAUGCUUGACAGUGAUGAUGAUAGAGGCACACGGGGGCCAGAAGGGCCAACAUUUGAAGAAAUAAAAGAAAUUACUAUCAGGAGGACAAAGCUUGCAAAAUGGUUUAUGGAGCCAUUCUUUGAAGAGUUGAUUGUGGGAUGCUAUGCGAGGGUUGGAAUAGGGAAGUCGAAAAAUGGUGCUAUCUACAGGCUCUGCAUGGUUAGAAAUGUUGAUGCCUCGGAUCCUAACCGGCAAUACAAACUAGAGAACAAAACAACACAUAAGUAUUUGAAUGUAGUUUGGGGCAAUGAAAGCACUGCUGCCAGGUGGCAGAUGGCUAUGAUUUCAGACUCCCCACCAACAGAGGAGGAGUUUAGACAAUUGCUCAGGGAGGUUGAGCGGCAUGGAGGUCGAAUGCCAACCAAACAAGAUGUGUUAGAAAAGAAAGAGGCAUUACAAAAGGCCAAAACAUUUGUCUACUCAGCCGCUACUGUUAAACAAAUGUUACAGGAGAAGGAAUCCACGUUAUCAAGGCCACUGAAUGUUGCAGCUGAAAAGGAGCGGUUGAGGAGGCAGUUGGAAAUCGCUCAAAGCAAGCAUGAUGAGGCAGAAAUGGAGAGGAUCAAGACAAGGCUGCAGCAAUUAGAGGCAUCCCGACAAACACAAGAGAAAGAUAAGAAGGCUAUCAGAUUGGCUGAGAUGAACAGAAAGAACAGAGUUGAGAAUUUUAAAAAUGCCUCAGAACUGAAACCUGUAAAUACCUUAUUAAAAGCAGGGGAGGCUGGGUAUGAUCCAUUUUCAAGGAGGUGGACUAGAUCAAGGAAUUACUAUGCUGCAAAGCUGGCAGGAGGAGAAUCAGCAAUGGCUAAUGGUGAUGCUAAUGGUGCAUUGCCUGGUGGAAAUAUUAAUGGAGCAAGGACUGGGCCUGUGGCAGAGGCUGGCAUGGCAGCUACAGCCGCUGCCUUAGAAGCUGCUGCUGGUGCAGGGAAGUUAGUUGACACAAGUGCUCCUGUGGAUCAAGGGACUGAAUCUAACAUGCUUCAUGACUUUGAAGUUCCAAUCACGUUGACCACACUACAGAAGUUUGGUGGCGCUCAGGGAGCCUUGGCAGGAUUCAUGGCUAGGAAACAGAGAAUAGAAGCAACUGUUGGAUAUCAUGUCCCAGAGAACGAUGGGAGGAGACAUGCUCUUACAUUAACUGUUGGGGAUUACAAGAGAAGGAGAGGUCUUCUUUGAAAUAUGAUAUUGCAUCCUGGAGGUGUCUGUUCGGGUAUCAGUAUUGUCGUGCUGCAGUUAUUAGACUAGGUGGAGCUUGUCAUUUGAAAAAGGAGACAAGAAAAAUCCUGUUAUGUUUUUCCCCAGUGUGAGUAUGUGUAGCCUUUAGUUUAUUGAAUUUUGUCGAUGCAUUAUCUUCUAUGGCAAGAAAUUUUAACCUUUAAU